GCAAUGCGCACCUGCCAAACCGCAGCACUUGAGGUCAUGCUAGAGCUCACACCACUCCAUUUCGUUAUCAAUCAGACUGCGAAGCAUACCAUGCUGCUUAUGACAGCAGAGGGGUAUGGUAAAGGGAAGUUAAUCUCGUCUCAACAAAUGAGGGCCUUAGAAGAUAACACGCCACUGGCCCUCCUUCCAAGAGACGGUAUAACGAAGAGAGUAAACUUUACGAAAAAGUUUAAAGUUACUCUCGGCAGUAAGGCGAACUGGAGCGAUUCCACACUUGACCAACUGCUGAGAGGUAGCACUAUUCAGUGGUACACUGACGGCUCGAAAACACCAGAAGGAAUUGGCGCUGGCAUUGCGGGACCGCACACCAAGCUUUCCAUUCCCAUGGGCAGUUUUCCAAGCAUUUUUCAGGCAGAAGUAUUUGCCAUAAGUCAGUGCGCAGUAAUAAAUCUCCAACGCAACUAUCGGAAUAAGAGUAUCGCAAUACUCAGCGAUAGCCAAGCGGCGCUAAAAGCGAUAUCGGCCUAUGAGAUACGAUCGCUAUUAGUGGAGGAGUGUAUAGGAAGGCUUAACCGCCUAGCAGCUUGCAACCGUGUACACCUGAUCUGGGUGCCGGGGCAUAAAGGGGUAGCCGGCAACGAGCUGGCAGACUAACUCGCCCGCUCUGCUGCGACUACAAGAAUGAUGGGGCCAGAACCAUACAUUGCGGUAGGGCCCCAUACAAUAAAGGAACUGCUCCGCACGGAGGAGAGAUCGAGCAGAGACAGUCACUGGCAACAGACAGCAGGGAUGCGUCAGGCCAAACUGCUACUGGGAGGGUUCAACCUAGCCAGGUUCAGAGCAAUUAUUAACCUCCCCAGAGACAAACUCCGUCUCCUUGUCGACAGGCCGGCCGAUUGCCUUGUAUGUCGCCAGCAACGUUUCUUUGUAUUUUCCCCCAAGAGCUGCCAGCAAACGAUUUGAGGAUUUUGUUGCGGUUCUGU